ACACGCCCUCUCUUUCUCUUCGCUCACCUCGAGAGGGAAGUAAACGUGAAGUUGACUCUCUCCAUCAAGAGACUGAUUUCUAUGCGCGGAACGCAGGUGUUAUUGACGGAAACAGGAGCACCGAAUUCAAAUUCACAUAAACGUUCGGCUCUUGGAGGAACAUUUGUCGAUCCAAAUGAACAAUCCGCACCAGCUGAAAGCGUUUUGGCUUUACGGAACGUUUUGGUUGUACUGCACGAGCGAGGCCUGAGGAAACGGUUAUGAUGUCAAAUACCACAGAUGAGGUCAACUCGUACCCCCACAUACGCGUUUGGGCAGCGGGAGUGUCUCUGAUCAUUCUGGCCUUCUUCAACCUGAUCAUCAACUGGACGAUCGUGCGCGAGGUGCGCCUGCGGAGCCACGCGCGCUUCGUCCUCGUGUUCCACCUGCUGUUCUCCGCGCUGGUGUACUUCGCGGUAUGUUUCAGCUUCUACUUACAAAACUACCUGAAAGCAGCGACCACGGAGACGGUGUGCACGGCGCUAAUAAGAGGACUGAUGACAAGCGGUUCCAAUAUCAUCCUCACCAUCACGGCGAUGGCGCUGGACCGUUAUUUCGCCAUAUGCUACCCGCUCCACUAUGGCAAAGUCUGCUUCACACCGUGGCCGUGGCUCGCCGGUUUCUUCACAUGGGGACUCGCGUCGAUUAUUCCCCUCACCUUGACCCCCAACAUUAAAAAUGACACUGUGCCCUGCGGAAGGAAAGCUUUGCGAGGCGGCGAAAUGCACAAAAUCGUUUUAAUAUCACUGUGUACUAUUCUUAUCGUGUACAGUUAUGUGCGGAUCUUGUACGAGGGACGCCGUCUGGGAGUGUUGAACCGGCGCAACCGAGCAGCGUGUCGGACUAUCGCUCUCCACGGGACGCAGCUCGCCGUCUUCAUCCUCCCCAAUUUUAUAAUGUUUCUACUGCAUAUCCUUAAAAGCAAAGGGUUGCUCGAGAGUUCCACCAAAGAGUAUUUUGCAGUGAUAAGUUUCGCCUUCUUCAGCCUGGCGCAGUGCAUCGCGCCGAUAGUGUACGGACUGCGUAAAGAGGAGCUUCUGGAGCAUCUUAAUCACCGGUUCCCGUGUUUAUCCGGCCGGUUGAAAAGCAUUUUGGAGUGGACUGUCAACAUCUCCCAUCCCACACGCCGUCGGCAGCAAAGGGAGCGGAGAAUGACUUCAGAGACUUUGUUAUCACGAGAGAUCUCACAGACGACUGUGUGAACAUCUUUGGAUUAGGAAACAGACUUCUUCAAGUGGAAUAUUUAUCGACCGAGACUAACAUUGAAUCAAACUUUUGUGAUGCGCUGCAUCUCUGAAAUUCAGGCAACACUUAAAAAAAGUGUUACUGACACUUUUUACUGAGAAAACAAACUUGUGAUGAUUUCUACUCUUCAAGCCCUAAACUCAUCAAGUCUGGACAAAACGCAGCAGCUAAACGGCAGACACAUUCAACUGUGAUUUUUCUAUUGACAAUAUUAACUGUAAAUAUUAUAGCAUCACUGACUUAAUGUGAUGUGAACAAGAGACAAUGUGGCAUUGAUCUGUAUGCUUAUUUAUGCGAAUCUCUUUCACCACAACGUAUAUAAGCUAAUGACCCAAGAAAACGAACUGAGACUUGGAUUAUACGACUGUGAAGCAAGUUUAAUCAAAUUGUCAUUUAUACAUUAAACUGGUGAUAGUUUAACAUUUGUAGUAUUUGAUGUCCUAUGUUUAUCACCACAGCAUCAAGAAAGACAGUUUUAAUAAGGUCACUAACGCUUAUUUACAAUUUCCUGUAAACGGUUUAUGGUUAACCAUUCAGAAACUAGUGUAGUGGUAACAAAGAACGCACAUUUAUAAUUAUGUCAGGCUGUAUUGAUAAAAAGUUUGUCUAUUUUCUUUAGAAAUAAUUCCAUGCCUUUCAUGAGAUGCCAAAGAAGAAGGGAAUACAAUACUCAUUUAGGAUAAACCGAAUCUACUCUUACAGGAGUCAUAUCUGUGCAAUUUCUGAAUGGUGUGAUAUGCAUUGGUAGUCUGCACUUCAGUAUUUGUAUGGCCUUAGAUUACUGUAUAUCUUAUUGCUCGUUUGCAAUAAAGACCUCUGUAUUUGUUUUAAGAUCAUAAUUAUAUUUAGUGCACAAAACCACAUUAAAUAAAAAAAAACAUAACUGAGACAAACAGCCUCAUAUGAUAUGAAACUAAAGCGUCUUUCUAUUUUAGUCAUGAGAACGAACUUCUGGGCAACUCUGAAUAAAACAUUUCGGAUUAAACCACGAGAACAACUAAUUGCCGUUAAGGUUCUACAGUAUGGAAACUUGUUUCCGCCACCGAAUAAAAAAAAAA